AGCUUUAGUCAUUGACCAAACUCCGGGUUAGGAUUUACACCCUUUUUUUUGGAAUCCAGAUAGAAAAAAGGGAUUAGCCUAGCCGGAAGAGUGCCCUCUGUCACCUCAAAUCCUAAAAAUUAUAUAACAAGGAAACAAGAGAACCAGUGCUUGUGAUUUACGAAUCUGCUCAGUGUUGGUGAUUGAAGGAAACUCACGUCGAAGAGAAAGAAAUACAAAAGCCAUGCCCCCACAAGAGAAUUUCCCGCCGCAGGAAAGGCAGCCGGAAGAGCCGAAGGAAUCCUGCAGUAAUUUGGAACACGUUCAACCUCCCAGUGUGGUUGCAAACAAGCAAGGAGGAUUCUCUAAUACGGCAUUCGUUUCUGAAAGCCUUCCUCCAAAUUUGGUUAAGAAACCUGGGGAUGGCGAAGAUUCCGAAGACUUCGAGUUCGAUGACUUGCUCCCGCACAUCGGAGAGUUCGGCAGAUACCAGGUCCUGCUCUUCUUCAUGAUGGUACCAUUUGCGUGCUUCGUGGCAUGGGUCUACUUCACCCAGAUUUUCAUCACCUUGACACCCGAGGAACAUUGGUGUUGGGUACCCGAACUGGCAAACUUUACCACCGAAGAAAGAUUAAACCUGGCCAUUCCUAAAGGUGAGAAAUGUCGGAUGUACGCUGUGAACUACACGGAGAUCCUGCAGCAAGGAGUGGUAAAGCCAGAUCCAUCUUGGCCGACGGUUGCAUGUCGCAACGGCUGGGAAUACAACUACACGGACAUCCCAUACAAGACGAUCGCCUCAGAAUUGGAUUGGGUCUGCGAGCAAGACGGUCUGCCUACAUUGGCACAAGCCAUCUUCUUUUGCGGCGCUAUCCUAGGAGGCCUCGUCUUCGGCUGGGUGGCCGAUAGACACGGCAGAAUCCCAGCUUUGGUUGGAACAAAUCUUAUAGGAGCAACAGCCGGAAUCGCUACAGCCUACUGCAAUUCCUUCUGGUCCUUCUGCGUAUGCCGUUUCCUUGUUGGUAUGGCCUUCGACAACUGCUUCACGAUGAUGUACAUCUUAGUUUUGGAAUAUGUUGGACCUAAAUGGAGAACUUUCGUUGCGAACAUGUCCAUCGCUAUCUUCUUCACGUUCGCUUCAACUAUCCUUCCUUGGAUUGCGCUUUGGGUGGCAGACUGGAGGAUGCUCAGCAUCACCACUUCUGCUCCAUUGUUCAUUUGCCUCCUAACUCCAUGGAUCGUACCAGAAUCCGCCAGAUGGUUGGCCUCUCAAGGAAAAGUGGAGAAGGCCGUUUCCAUCCUGAAAAAGUUUGAAAGAAUUAACAAGAAAAAUGUCGACGAGAAACUGUACAAUGAAUUCACGGCUAGCUGCUUGAAGGCUGAAAAAGAAGACGCUGAUAAAUCCUAUUCCGUUCUGGAUCUGUUCAAAACCCCGAGGCUCCGUAAGAUUACCAUCCUCCUGAUUCUGAUCUGGAUGGCAAUCUCAUUGGUAUUCGAUGGUCACGUCAGGAACGUAGGAUCUUUGGGUCUGGAUAUCUUUGUAACCUUCUCCGUUGCAUCUUUCACCGAAUUCCCGGCCGAUACAUUCUUAACAAUCGUCUUGGACAGAUGGGGUCGCAGAUGGUUGGCUUGCGGAACGAUGGUCGUAAGCGGUAUUUUCAGUUUACUGGCCAUCACCGUCCCAUUAGGAAUCGCUUCGGCCACUUUUGCGAUCAUCGGAAGAUUUGCUGUCAACAUCUCGUACAACAUCGGCUUGCAGUACGCUGCAGAAUUGCUACCUACAGUCGUGAGAGCUCAAGGUGUAGCCCUCAUCCACAUCAUGGGUUACGUCGCUAGUAUCGUCGCUCCAUUUAUCGUUUAUUUGGCUAAUAUUUCGACAUCAUUGCCUUUACUUAUCCUCGGAAUUAUUGGAAUCCUCGGAGGAAUGUUAGCGCUUUUCCUUCCAGAAACUUUAGAUCAUGAAUUACCACAGACUUUGCAAGAUGGAGAAGAAUUCGGAAAAGAUCAGAAAUUCUUCGAAUUCCCCUGCAUGGCAAGAAAACCUAUGCCAGAACCAAAGGUGGAUCCCUUCAAGAGGGCCCAUCUUCAUUUGCACACACCUACAAGGGCUUCCUUCCGCGGUGAAAUUAGAUCAUCUUUGAUCCACAGAGAUUCCAUCAGAUCAAGGAAAUCCAUGGCGGAAAACGCCAUAUAAACCCUUUUUGUGAUUUAAAUGAUCGCCUCUCCUCCUUAUUCAACCAGAAUUAUAUUCCCUGCGAAAGUGAAUAGCGGUAUUUAUUAUUUUGGUAAUUACAUAAACCAAAGAAAAAAUCUGAAUUUGAUUUGAGCCAGAGAUUGAAUUCUAUUUGAGGAGGAGAGACGGUUUGCUUCUACUGUUGCUUAGUUUACUCAGAGAUGGAUGCCAUCUCAAAUAGUCUGUGGUAUUUUUAAUAAUAAUUAUUAUUAUUAUCUCUUGAUUAAUUUAUAAAUUAUUUUGUA